UGUAAUCAGGCCUAAUGCCACAUGAUUUUACAGCUUGGAUUGUUUUAACAAAGCAGCUAUUCCACUUUAUGUACCAUAACUACCGGGGGUUCGGGAUCCUCUUUACGCGCCAAAAGAGCGCAUUGUCACGAGCAGCGUCCUCACCUUGGCAACCGGUCUGCGUCCACUAGUGUUUAUUUUUAGAAGCCGUCGUGACACUCUCGUUCAGCACACAGCCCGUGUUCCUCCGGUCAAUAAUUCAUAGGUUGUAGGCCUGCAGUGAAGAGUCAGGGAGCAGGGCUGCAGCGACUUCCAGCCACAGGACGCCGAAAAAGACACACAGGGUGCACGCACCGCCCCAGGAGCGAGACACCCCCAAACUAUGAGGCAGCGCAGCACACAGCGAGCCUCUAUGAGGAAGCACUGUGGCCCCCGCUGGGCCCCAGCCCGGACCUCCAUGACCACCGAGUACCAGGACAGGUUCCUCCCUCCCUGCUGCCAUAUGGCCGUCAUCUCCACCGCAAAACAGAAAAACCCUUACCAUCCGCUGAAGGGGACCAGUUCUGACAUAGCCACGUAUCGAUCAUACUUUGUCACCAAGUUGGUAAAAAACCCGCCGAAGGCCCCACAGCCACCUGUGGCACCCAGAGCUCAACGGCAAUGCAGCAGCGCUCCACACAUGCAGCUGAAACUCAGGGUGGAGGACUACACAUCUGUGUACAAACAUGACUUCCGAGCAUGGAAGACGAACAUGGACCGGCUGAGUGACAGCUUCAACGUCAACCAGGGGUCAGUUAUCACAGACAGCCCCUCCCAGAAAGGUGCUGCUGAAGUGGAAGUGACCUCUCCACCAGCCCUACAGAGGCCACGUGUGUUUGAAAGCAUGACCAGCUACAGAGCCGACUACGUCGCCCACCCAGUGCAGCCCAGGACAAGCAGAGACAAACCUGUGCACCGAGACAACAUAGCUCUGCUCACAGAGCCUGCAGCGUCCUUUACACCCAAGAUGGCUUGGGACAUAAACCAAGAACGCACUGAUGGAGCCAGUGAAUUCUUCAAGCAUUUCAAGACCCAGUCCCCGGAAACCAAGUUCCACGGCCAAGGCAAAGCCCGAGUGUUCAGUCCAGCAGCUGAUCACACUGAGUUCAUCUCCACCACACAUGCAGACUUCACACCACUGAAGUGGCAGCGCACCGAGCCAAUCCUGCCCUCUAUGCAAAUCAGCCAGAGUAAGGAGCCUUUUCACGCCACGACCACUAUGAGGGAAGCUUACAAAGACUGGAACACACUGCGACAGCUCCCUGCCGUCCAUAAAGAAGACAUGGCCUGGCCCUGGAAAAGCCCCGUGUCAGCGUGCACAGCUGCGGCUGCUGAGAGCUGUAAAACCACCAACAAGCCUUUGAGACCUGAUCCCAAAAUGACUGAGGCUGCAGUGUGUAAUUCCAGAUGUAAUGCAUCCUGGAUGCACCAGUCAACGUCUGCAGACAAAGGAGUGACCCGGUCGGACGGCGACGACGGCGAGGAGCCAUCACAGACCCACCAGAUUAUCAGCUAUAUGAUUUAAUUCAUGAGUGUUAUGUAAUCUGCAAUGUGAAAGCAAAUCAUAUCCAGUUUGGUAAAGAGGUUUUCAUUAGAUAAACAGCUACAGGCUUUCUACCACAACAUGGCGUAUGUCUUUCAGU